AUGGCUUCGACCAACUACAAGGAGGCGUUCUCGCUAUUUGACAUUCGCGGUGUCGGCCGCGUAGCGCUCGACAAGCUCGGCGACCUCCUCCGCGCCUGCGGGCAGAACCCGACCUUGGCCGAGAUCCGUGACCUGGAGAAGAGCGUGGGUGACGAGUUCGACUUCGAAACCUUCCAGCGCAUCCUGAACCGGCCGGGCGGUUUCCGCGAUCCUGGCGAACCAGAAGAAUACUGCCGCGGUUUCCAGGUGUUUGACAAAGAUAUGACGGGGUUCAUUGGUGUCGGUCAGCUCAAGUAUAUCCUUACGAACCUUGGCGAGAAGAUGUCGGAAGACGAGGUCGACGAGUUGCUCAAGGCCGUCGACACGAGCUCAGGGCAGGUCAAUUACACAGAGCUCGUACGCACCAUUCUCUCCAACUAG